ACAGCUGCAGCUCAGAAAGCAGCCAUGUCUAGAAGAGGGGGAUGCGACAAUUUGCAGAGUUGGAAGGAAAGAUUUGUUCAGCUGAUGGAGAAACAUAAACCACAGGACAAGUGGGUUUUGGAUUCAUCUACAGACCUCAGUGCCACGGACUUACCCUCUGGAUGGUACAAAUAUGAGCAGAGUCAUCUUUUUGCCAGGUUCGAGUGUUCCUAUUGUUCUAAAAAGUGGAAAUCUAUCCAGGUGGUCAUUCACUUCCACAUGCACCUGGAUAAGAGGCGGUGGAGUCAAAGCCAAGGCCAGGUGAAGAUGAGGAUAUUCAGACAGAAAUGUCAGAAAUGCAAGAAUGCCAAGUAUGAGAUGCCAGUCUUCAGUGAGGAGGCUGUCGAGAAACUCCUCCAGAAUUUGACUCUGAAGAUCCUGAAAAAAUGCUAUGGAGAAUCCUCCAAAAGCAACCAGUUCUUUAAACCUGUUGCUGAGGAAGAAGUGGAGGGUCCACAUGAUAGACGCAACUGUGAGGCAUGUCAGGAAGGGAUGUGUGAGGCUGUGUCACUGUAUGUGAGGAUGUGUCAGGCUACACAGUGGGAGGAAAAACAAAAGAUCUUGGGUUUUCUCCUUGUGGUUCUCAUGAUUUUUUUGUUUUUCUGUGCAGCCUCCUUGCUGGCAUGCAAAUUGUUUCUACCUUUUUGCAGUUUCAAUCAAUGUUCUUGGUUACAAUCUUUUCCUGUCACAAACAUAAUCAUAAAACUGAGUGCAGGUCUUAAUUUGUGAAGUUCCAGGGAAUGAAGAGAUGGCAGUUUUUAGGACCAUCUGUAUGUAAAAAGGAUCGAUUGAACAAAAAGCAAGGCAAAGAGUUUACUUGGUUUCCAAAUUUGCAAAACAUAUACAAGUUCUACUUGCUCAAUUUGUCAGUCUUAGAAUUGCUUACAUUCUGUUCCAGCAUUUCUUCAGCUCUGUAUUGGAUCUCUGCUUGUUUUGCAUCUUUGCAAAUUUACAUUUAUAGACACUAUGAUAUUGUUUAAUGAAACGUCCUUGAAACUGACUGUUCUAGUUCAUGCUGUGUAAUCCACCUUGAGUCUCAGUGAGAAAGGCAGCCGAUAGAUAGAUAGAUAGAUAGAUAGAUAGAUAGAUAGAUA